AGUUAGUAACAGUCAAAUCACAUAUCAUAUGCUAUAAGGUCUGCUACAGUAUACUAUACAGUAUUAUUCCUCCUUAAAGGGAGCAUUUCCGUUAGUUGUUAUCACUAGACAAAAACGGCAUCAUAUUAGUAUAUGUUAAUAGUAACAUAUCUUUGACACAGUAAAGGUAUGGAAGCAUAUGUCUUAAGUUUGGGAAAUUCCUUGUCCGUGUUUAAAUAAUGAACUGAAACUGCAUGUCUUUUGUGACCCUGGGCAUGGGCAAAGGAAACUAGACAUUGAUUGCGGAUGCUUGUGACUUGAGAGUGAAAAACACUUCCUCUGCAGAGUUGUGGUUUGAGUUGAGUCCCCAUGAGGCUGGGUUCACGGAACCUGGGGCUUUUGUUAAGACAUCCCUGCUGAAACAGGACUUUGAGGGAGGAUGUGUAAAAUACUCUCCUAAGAGGAAGCCAAUGGACAUGGUUCAACUGCAAGGGAUUUGUGGAAAUGUUUUUGGAGAUGAGAAGCAAAACCAGAAACACAUCCUGGAUUGGAUCAAAAAAUCACUUUUGCCAAGGUCGCAAGGUGAAGCAGCCCCACUGUCAGGUGUGCUUAAGAUUGUGAUGGCACUGGUUGAAUUGGUGGAAUGUCACCAUAACAUGGAUCAUUGCCACACAGUGUUGGCCAAGUUGAAAUCUGUUCUCGGAGAGGACUAUGGAAAAUUCAGCACCACACUCCUUGAACUGGAUCAUGAGAUGUGGACAGACAUGGAUGACCAGAAGAGGAAACAGCACAUGGAGAAUAUCUUUGAAGAACUCAUAGGAUCAGCAGAGGAGUGGGGCCAGGAGUUGAACAAUCUUAAUAACAAACUAACUGAUGUGUGGUGGGUCAUUAAACACAUCUUGCCAUUAUUCAAUGAAUGGCAAUCUGGAAACGUGGCCAAUUUCCUCUACCAAAUCAACGAGCCCAAGGUUCCUGAGGAAAUGUGCAAGGAGGACACAAUGCACCUGAUAGAUGCAGGGCUCUUCCUGAACUCUCCGUAUCCAUCCGUGCUGAGAGAGGCGAGGGAUGUGGACAUCAUAAUGUCCUUUGACUUCAGUGAGGAUGCUCCUUUUAAGUCAUUAGAGGGAGCCUGGCAUUAUGCAGCCGCCAACCAAAGAGCCUUUCCCGACAUAGACUUUAAGGCUCUGAACCCUGAGUCUGACUGUCCAAAGUCCUUCUAUGUUUUUGAGGAAGAAGGGAAGCCAACGGUGAUCCACAUCCCCCUCUUCAACAUUAAGAAUGGCAAAGAUGAGGCCACCAUCAAACAGGAAUGGAGGGAAUACGCCACCUUUCAGAUGACCUACAGGGGCAAAAAGAAGAUCGACCACCUGGCAGAUCUGGCUGCAGAAAAUGUGAACAGAGACGGCAUCCUGAAAGAGAUCCGAAAAGCAGCAGAGAGACGCAAGGCCAAACAUUGAGAACACACACACGCACGGGUUAGGGUUAGGGUUCAUGUGUCAUGACAGUGUCAUGUGUUCAUGACAGUGUCAUGUCACUCUUAUGUCGAUACUGUCAAGUAAAGUAUUACCAUCAUCCCUAAUCUUUUUUCACAAAUAAUUAUUAUAUGUUUAAUUCAAAUCUACAAUGGUUUUCCGACAAAAACCUAUUACUAACAAAUGUAUUACAUAUUAGUUAGCAAUAGUCUAAUUAUAUUAAUUCUAACUGUUGAUUAAAUUACUGAAGGCUGGGUGUACAAAGGUCAUGCUCCACACACAGAAAGAUGCACACGCACACACACACACACACACACUGACUGCAUUAACUUUGAAAUCAUUGGUCCAGCCUAACCAAUCAAAUUGAUCAGGGAUUCCUAACGUUACUUCCUACUUCGCCUAAACCUUAGAAACUGAUAAUCAGCAGCAUUGGCAGUCAGGAAACAAUUUAUGUACAAUGGCCUACCUUUGCUGUAAAUAGAAGUGUUGAUAAUACUGUUCAUCACAGCCACUUUCGAUUUUGAAACUAAAGCGUCAUCCCCUCUAGUCGCUGAUUGGCCUGACCUUUUUGGGGUCUGAUGGAAAUGCUAGUGAGUAAAAGCUGGGGAACAUUCGUCCGUAUAAGAAGGGGAAGAAGGGGAGACAAGGGGAAGAAAUUGCAGCAAGUCGCAGGUUCGAAUCCAGACCAGAGCAAGAGCAAAUGAACAGAUUACAUUUUUAAAUUGGCUUGUUUUACAAUCAGUUCCUUAUCUUUUCAUAAAGUUUUGUCAUUUUUUAAGUAAAUUAUUAAAAACUCACUUUUACUUAUGCAAUUGUGGCCUGUAUGUUAAUUUGG